UGGAGGACGCGAAAUAAUGCCCGAAUUUCUUUUUGAAUUUGGGGCGUUUCCGCUCGGGACAGGAGCUAAAUUUUUGUAUGAGAUGAAAAACAACGUGUGAGAUGUCUGACUACACAUGUCUGUCCAUACGACACCAGUUCAUCAAACAAAGAUCAGUUCUAAAGCAACUACCUCAUUGUCCUCUAAAAUGACAAUUCCAGUUUACGCUCGUACAGUAGGAAUAUCUGAUGUACUGUUUCCUUUUCGUUAUGGGGGACACAUCAAACUCAACGGUAGGGAGCUGUGUUAUAGAUCCUUCACCAAAACAGCCGGGGAGGCACUCUGCCAAUCAAAAGGGCUGCAGUAUGGGUCACAUAACAGAACAAUAAUGUAUGACCGUUAUAGAUCCCAGCUGCUUCACUGUUCCUAUCCAGACCUGUCUUAUUGCUACAUUUUCCAGAGAUUUUGUGAUGAGGCUGUUGAAUUACAUUGUACAGGAUAUUCCACAAAUCCGAUAGUUACAACAACCAGUUCUCCAACACUUGUAAGACUUAUAAAUGGAGAGUCUGAGACGGAAGGUAGAGUAGAGCUGUUGCAUGACGGGAAAUGGGGUACGGUCUGUGACGACAUGUUUGAUAAAGCAGAUGGUGAUGUCAUAUGCAGAAUGAUUGGUUACAAAGAGGCAAGUCAAGUGUUUAAAUAUGCCCACUUUUCAAACGGAUACGGACCAAUCUGGCAAGACAAUUUACAAUGUGUGGGGAAUGAGACAGAGAUCGGAGACUGUCCCUCAAAUGGAUGGGGAAACACUGACUGUGGUCACGGGGAGGACGCUGGGGUUUCUUGUGUACCUUAUGAGUUUGGUAACAUUCCUUUGAAUCAGAAGACGACGGUAGGAAACCCUUGCACUUUGACCUCGACACCGUGCAAGAAUGGCGGUACAUGUGUUGUCAGUUCAAAUUACGGUUACACAUGUAUAUGCCCGGAAGGACUUGCUGGACCUUACUGUCAAUACGGCAUGUUUUAUCUAAUUACGCUUUUGUAUUUUCGACGAAUUUAUCAUGAAUGCAACGCAUUACACACAUAAACAAUGUGCAUGUUAGAUAUUUUAAAAAAUUCAAGGGGCAUGGUCACAAUUUUGGCCAAAUAAUAUUUUUCAUUUUUUUAUGAAUAACAAUGCGUUAGUAAUGCAUUUCCAAUGAUCAACAAAAGUUUGAGUGUUAAACGUAAAAUUAUAAGUAAAUGUUAACAAGGCUCGUGAGUUGUUUUUUGUUUACAUUCGUACAUAAACCGGUUAAAGCUCUUUUUCAAGCUGAUUUUUCUAUCCGCUGAUUCGUUUUGAUAUAUGAAUGAACAGUUCCAAUCGUUUGUCACAUCCAAUGAACCUAUAUGUCUAAACAUGGAAUAUUCAAAAUGUAAUCGAAAACAUCGCCCAAGCUUUGUUUCAUAGCCGCUAACAGAGAAUUGUUAAUUCUGUGUCUUGCUUAUAAUUUAACGAAUGACCCUC